AGAAACCGAUGAAAGGACAAUAAACAGCAUCAACACAACUAAAUAAAUAAACUGAAAACUACUUAUCACUCACCUCAACUAACAAUCGAAAAAACCUUCUCAUUCUCAAUUCCAACAACAUUUCAUUAUUUACUAGUAAAAUACCCGUGCAAUUCGCAAUGGAUUCGGGUCUGAAGAGCGAUACCGAAUCCGAAUACAACUAUGCCAUUAGCGGCAAAAUAAUGCUAACAGCCACUAUCAUUCUCUUCAUCAUUAUCAUCAUAAUACUCUCUUUUCAUCUCUUAAUUCGAUGGUACCUUCUACGUUCCAGCAACCGUCAACAACACCGCCGUAACGGUAACCGUCACGUUCAACGUCAACCGUUCGUUUUCUACGUUGAUCCUUCCGCUCCUGCUUCACUGAUCCAAGCCGUCUCUCGAGGUUUAGAUGCCUCUGUUAUUUCCUCACUCCCAGUCUUCAAAUUUUGUCCUAAGACUCACCCGAAGGGAGUGGAAUGUGCGGUUUGUUUAUCGGAGUUUGAAGAAGGGGAAACGGGUCGGGUUUUACCCAAAUGUAAUCAUAGUUUUCAUAUUGAUUGUAUUGAUAUGUGGUUUCACUCUCAUUCUACUUGUCCGCUUUGUAGAGCUCCCGUGGAGCCGGCUCCUCCGGUUCAAUUGACCCGAUCCGAAGUAGUUAUUGAUGUGUGUGACUGUGAACCGGAAUUGGUUUUGGAUUCAAGUUCCGAGGAAGAAAUGAACCGGUCUGAACCGGAGUUUUCUUCUUCUUCUUCUUCUUCAAGUUCGAAGCAAUCUUCGUUUGUUGGCGUUACAGUUGAGAUUCCAGAAAGAAGUGAAUGCGAUUGCGAGAGGUUCGUAGCUGGUGAGUCGAGUUGUGAUUCAUCGUCGUCGUCGUCGUUUCGAUCCCCGAUGAGUCGUGUGUUGUCGUUUACCAGAAUUCUUAGUAGAGAGAGGAAACCGAGUGUUUCUGUGAUCGAGUUAGAUGAAGAACGAGGUGGAAGGGAGGUGACUCAGUGAGUUGAUUGAUCACUUAAAUCGGAGUGUGAUGAUGUGGCGCUUUAUAAGCUGGCGGCGUGUAGCGGUGUUUGAAUGGCAUGUGGCAUAGUAAUGACGAUGGUGAUUUCUCACUGGCCUUACACGUGACAUAUUAUAAACUUUUCAUUUUUUAAUUCUUCAUUUUAUUUACUGUAGUUGUAUAGUACGGAGUAUCUUGUUUUUGUAACAGUAGAUAAGGUUGUCUUUAGAGAAUUAUUAAAAGUAGAUUUAUAACUUAUAGAAAUUUUUUUAUUUUUUGACUAAAGUAAAUAAAAAAUCUUAAACAAAAGAAGUAAUUAUUAAUUUGGUCAAACAUCAAAUUGGACCGUCUUUGAUUUUUUAACUUUCAGACAUUAUUAAUUAUUGCCAUUAAA